GCAGCAUCCAUGGAAGCCCUCUAUACAGCUCUGCAAGGUGAGAUCCGGUCCUUUAAGGAACACAUGAGAAGCUGCCAGCAGGCGUUUGAUAUUCACACGCUUUACAAUGUGCUGCUGCUGCUGCCUAGAGAUGGUGGCAGAAGAGAGAUUCAGAGCCUUGAGCAGCUGGAAACGCUUGCUGAGUCCAGGGGGUGGGAUGGAAAGGACUUUGUGAGAAUUACAGCUGGACACAAGAAGAGUGACAUUCCCAGCUACAUCUCCUGGUUUGUCUCUUACGUGCGCUACCUGGGAUCUUUGAAAGAGGCCUUUGACGCCAACGUUGUGCUUCCUUUGUGUGAGAACCUGUAUAUUAAUGAUGACCCACCUCCACUUGGUAUGUUACCAUCUGGAGGUAGCGAAGGACAUGCCACAGCCUCUGUUGCGCAUACAGCCAAGCAGCUGUUUGAUCUCAGAAGGAAAUGGGCAUUGCUUCUGAAAGGGGGCAUGAUUGAUGAACAAGUCUUCAGCUACCAAAGCUUGCUUGAUCUGCAGGGCUUUGCCAACAUCCAUCCCUUUGUAAGGAUAAUGAGGCUGGUCCCUGACAUCUUUCACAAAAGCUUGGCUUCUGCAGAGCUUGCCCAGCAGUGGGUCGAACUCCAUGCAAGCAGUGCCUACCAAGUAUGCUCAGAUUCCAGCUUGGUCAGGAAGGGCUAUGACACAGGAAUGGCUGUGGGCAGCUUGGGACAUCAGCCUGGAUUACCCCAAUACCAACACAAUCGUAGGGGAGGCUGGCCUCAAUCCAAAGCUAGAAGCAUCAGCGGCAGGGAUGCCUGCACCGGACCCACCAUCCAGGGAAGGAACAAGCUGCAUGAGGUCCAUGGAAAGCUCAUGUCCUUGCUCUGGAGGGAGGAACGUUCUUGGAUGUUAGAGGCAGAGAUCCAGAAGGUAAACCAGAGAAUUUCCAACCUGCAGAUUCAAGGGGAGGAUAAAGAAAAGGAUCUGGAAGCUCUUGAGCAUCAGCUGGAGAAAGACGACUGGAGGACACUCACCACACAGCACCAGAUAGUCCUCCAUGAGCUGGAAGCAUUAGAGAGGCAGCUCAGACUGGAGGAAUACCGCAAGAAUAUCCUGCAGGGUGAUUGGCUACUGGAGCUGGAGGUCAGGCCAGUCCUUCUUCGUCAGAUUCAUACAUUGCAGGAACGCUGCCAGGAGCUUGCAAGGGUAUUGCAGGGAAGGGAAGAAGCUCCCAAAGAUCUUCCUCAGCGAGCCAAUGGACCAGACUCCCACUCUUCACACAGUUCGGGGGGCUCUGACCACAUUGAGUUCUGA